AUGAGGCUCUUUCUCAUCCGCCACGGCGAGACUGUGGACAACCUUGCACAAGUCUACGCAGGCAGCAAAGACUCGGAACUGACCAACCAUGGCUUCCAGCAAGCCCAGCGCCUGGCCCGCUACCUCAGGGGCACCGACGUCCAUUUCACGCACAUCUUCGCCUCUCCCCUGCAGCGAGCCCGCAAGACCGCCCACGCCAUCCUCGACGCCCAGUCGUCGCCCGCUCUGAGGAUAACUAGCGUGUCAGCCAUCCAAGAACAGGAUUUCGGGUCCUUCGAAGGCAAGAGCUGGUUGGAGGGUCCUUCUUCCGACAAGCCGCGACCGCCCGGCUUCAUUGAUGUCGAGUCAAAGGAGUCGAUGGCGAGGCGCGUCGACUUGUUUCUGGAUGAGCACCUGGCUGCCUUAUGGCGCUCGGCUGCAGCGGGGGAGCGAUGUGUCGUGGCCAUCGUCUCACAUGGCAUCAUCCUGUCGGUUCUUUGGCGACGCAUCUUGCGCCGCCUCCCACCGGACAGCGUCACCAUCCGGCCAGAAAUCUUGGUUCCUGGCAAACCUGUGUCGCUGGAGCGCAUUGGCGGCUUCUCCAACACAGGAUACCUUGAGCUGAGCAUGGCUAGAAGAGGUGCGCCGGUCGCACGAGCGUUGGACAAGGCGUCAGGUCACACUGGUACCGCAUCCUCGCCGAGCAAACACUUGGCAGCUCGAGGCACCACAGCUGGUGCCUCCAGCCUCGCCAAUGUUGCCGUCGCUCCUGUACCAGCCCCUGCCAGGGCUGUGGAGAAGCUUCCCUCGAGCAGCUCCAGCCAUGUCCUGCACGGAUGGACGACACAAGUUGUCACCAUCAAUGGCAAGGAACACUUGAUUGGCCUUAAACGCACUGGCGGCGGAGUGGGCAGUUCCAAGCAUGACCAAAAGCAGAAGUCGAUCGACACCUUUUUCAAAAGGCGCAGGGUCGACUGA